AGACUUGAUGAACCAUCAGACGCUCUAAAGAUCUUGUUUAAGGCUGUCAAAGGCAUUGGAGAUCUUGUUCUGACGCAAUUCAUUCAAUAUGGAAUCCUCCUUUAUACUUUUCCUGUUCAUAUUAAGCCCUACUCUAGGAGGACGGAUAGGAGGGGGCAGGAGCGCUUACAUGAGCUUUCAAGACGUAGUUUGUCCAGCCGAAGAGGACAUCACUCCGUGUGUUUGCUAUGAGGUGAACCCUGAGACCCUGGACAUAGACUGUUCUGCUGUGUUGGAUGAGGAUGAACUAGCAGCUGUGUUUCAAGCAAACUUCCCGUCCACAAGCUUCCGCAGACUUGUCAUCAACUCUAACCCAAACCUGAAAUUGCUACGGAAUGGUGAUCUGGGGGAGGCAUCCUUUCAGGAAAUCUGGAUCACUCAAGGAGUACUGGAGGCGAUUGAAGAAGGUGCAUUAUCCGGCAGCUCCUCCACUCUCCUUCACUUGGUCUUCAACUACAAUAACAUCUCAACGUUUCCUUUCGCUGAUUUGGAGUCCUUUACAGAGCUUAUCUCUCUGGAUCUGAGGAGCAACAACAUUGAAGGCUUUCCCACACUAUCCUCAGCCACGCUGAAGACGCUGUACCUCUCUAAGAACCCUCUGGGCAUAUUGCCCGACGACGCCUUCUUCGGAACUCCUGCUCUGGAGGAUAUCCACCUUUCUUCCACAAAGAUUUCCGUGGUGAACUCAGGCACCUUCGCUGAGCUCGAACACUUGACGGUGCUGGGUCUUGGAAACAACCUUAUCACCUACCUGGAGGAAGAGGCAAUCCAGUGCAGUCCUUCAGUUGGCUUGAUCGACUUAGGCUACAACGCACUGAGGAGCGUCCAGGCCAAUGCAUUUCCAGGUUUGGUCAACGGGUGGAUCUACAUACAUCACAACGCAUUAAGAGUACUGGAAGAAAAUAUCUGGAAACCCAUUUUGCUCCAAGGAGGUUACAUCGACCCCUACGGAAACCCUCUCCAGUGUGGAUGUGACAUAGCCUGGGCUGUGCGUAAUUCUAGUUUGAUCAACGGUUUCGACAUCUAUUCCACUUGUUCCGACGGUCGGAGGCUGACAGAACUCGACCCCGUCGACUACGAGAACUGCUAAACUUCACUGCAACUGUUGAACACCACGAGCAACACUGAUGAUGACCAAAACUAAGCACUGCAACUACCACUAAUAAACAUUUAAGCACUACUAUUA